AUGAAGAUGGGAACGAGGUUUGAACGAUUGAGAGACAAAAUCUUGAUGAAGAAGCCUACAACUUUUCAAGAGUUAAUGGCGAUAGCUCAUAUGUAUGUGGAACUGGAUGAAGCAAGGAGAACGUUGACAAGACAGUACGAGGAGGACAAACAGGAGAAAUACCGCAGUAGAGGAGGAGAUGACAGAACGCAGAGAUAUGGAAGAGAAAAUAAACCAUUUGACUUCACACCUUUGAACAGAGCACCAGUGGAGAUAUUCAGCUGGAUGAAAAACAAUAGAAUCAUGUACAACGCACCCAGGAAGCUACACCCAGACAAAGAAAGAGACAAAAGAAAGUAUUGUAGAUUUCAUGAGGGAUAUGGCCACGACACAGAUAGAUGUUGGGACUUGAAGCGAGAUAUAGAACAGCUGAUCCAAUCAGGACUUCUGAAGAAGUUCGUACACACAAAAGGAAGUGCAGAAAAAAGAAAACCCGAACAUGUAGAGAAAGAAGAGGCGAAUAAAAGGUUCAAGGAGCCCAUGGGAGUAAUUAACAUAAUUGAAGGAGGGGAACCUUAUUCAAGGUCACAAAAGAAUAACAUUCGUAAGGGCGUAUACUCAAUAAGUACUAAAGAACCCGUAGAAGGACUACCAUUGGUCACCUUUGGACCAGAAGAUGGAAAGCAUGUACAAGAACCACACAAUGAUGCGUUAGUCAUCAAGGCGCUGAUUAACAAUUUCAGAGUAAUAAGGAUCCUGGUUGACGAAGGAAGCGCGGUUAACCUUCUCACCUUGCAAGUCUUUGAGGGGAUGAGGGGAUCGGUGACAGAUCUCAGGUAG